AUUUAUUCAGUCUCACUGCCAGCUUUACUGGUUUAGUACACUAGUUUUAUUCAUAUAUUUGUCUAUGUUUCAUUAAAUGCCAUACUGAUGGCUGCCAUUCUAUUCGGUACUGCGUUUAUUCUGAUGUUAUUCAAAUUUUACUGAACAAUAUCUGACACAAGAAUUUCCACCGGGUUCAGUAAGGUUCUGUCAGGUCUUUAAAAGGUGUUUAAAAGUCUUUGCUGUUGCUGUCGUGCUGUUUUCCGACAACCUGCGGUUUCUGAACUCGAGCUUAAACUCUCAAGUCUUAGCUCAGUCUUUUGUUUUGAAGGCGGCCGGAUGCGCGCCGCUCCUGCCGCCGCCUUGACGCGUGCGUCGUCGCGUCUGCCGCUCUGCUCUGCCGCGCGGAGAGAUUUUCUCUCCGCCGAUCUGCGUCCAAUCACGGCGGCUGUGCUGCGCUCCGAGGCCGGGAACAGUCCGACUGGAUCCGUCCGACGCCUGGAGAACCGGCUCCGCACCGAGGAGCGACCCACGGAUGGUUUUGUCUCCGGGCGGGGGACCUGGAAACCGGGGCCCGCAGCAGGAGCAGGGAGGAGGCCCCGACGCCGCCUUGUUCUGACCCAGAAAACAGCACCGACGGCCGGGCUGCCUGUCAACUAGCAGGCCGGCUAGCAUCUGGCCGCACCGGAGCCCACAGGGAGGCACCGUGGAGGACGGAUAACGGGCCCGUUCUUCAGCCGUUAGGAUCCAGUCUUUGGCUCGUGUAUUUAACGGGAGAUUGUUCUGCUUUAUUUUACUCUCCCGUAAACCUUCCGGACCUCGGGGGCUGCGGUGAGCUAGCUCCGGGCUAGCUGCCCCAGUUAGCUUCUCCCCCGGCAACCAGAGAGCGGAGGCUCCGGAGGAGGGCAGGCGGUCUCGGUGCUUUCUGACCCGUUAGCAGACCUCACCGGAGGCCGGGGACACCAAAAAUGGCUGCCGCCUUAAUCAAAGAAAUCGUGAGCAGGAAUAAAAGGCGAUACCAGGAGGACGGCUUCGACCUGGACCUGACCUACAUUUAUCCAAACAUCAUUGCGAUGGGUUUCCCUGCCGAGCGUCUGGAAGGAGUUUAUAGGAACAACAUCGACGACGUAGUUCGGUUUUUAGAUUCAAAGCACAAGAACCACUAUAAGAUCUACAAUCUCUGUGCAGAGCGACACUACGACACGUCAAAGUUCAACUGUCGAGUGGCCCAGUAUCCGUUCGAGGACCACAACCCUCCCCAGCUGGAGCUCAUCAAGCCGUUCUGCGAGGACCUGGACCAGUGGCUCAGCGAGGACGAGCAGCACGUCGCCGCCAUCCACUGCAAGGCCGGGAAGGGUCGCACCGGCGUCAUGAUCUGCGCCUACCUGCUGCACCGCGGGAAGUUCCAGGAGGCUCAGGAGGCGCUCGACUUCUACGGAGAGGUCCGCACCCGCGACAAGAAGGGCGUCACCAUCCCCAGCCAGCGGCGCUACGUCGUCUACUACAGCUUCCUGCUCAGGAACCAGCUGCAGUACAAACCCGUCGCCCUGCUGUUCCACAAGAUGCUCUUCGAGACCAUCCCCAUGUUCACCGGAGGAACCUGCAGUGAGUCUUUGUGUUCACUCCAUCGGUUCACCUUCUGCUUUCUGCUUCAGGUAAAACUUUAUUUCACCAAGACGGUGGAGGAGGGAUCGAACUGUGACGCCAGCAGCACGUCGGCCUCGGUGACGCCGGACGUCAGCGACAACGAACCGGAUCACUACCGUUACUCCGACACGACGGACUCUGACCCUGAGAAUGAGCCGUUCGAAGAGGACCACCACAACCAGAUCACUAAAGUCUGACACACGUGUACAUAUAUAUAUAUACACACAUAUAUAUAUACAUAUACACAGUAUGUAUGUACACACGGCGCUGAACCGCAGCCCGGCGCUGGCUGUGGUUCUCUAACGGGGAAUAAAACCAACCGACGGACCAGAACUGAUCUGAGAGACUCUGCAUUUAAAGAACUCUGGUCAGAACAUAAGCCCCGCCCCUUCCUGUCUUCUACUCAGCGCACACCUGGACAAUCAUGGCAGCCGGAGGGGAGGGGGCGGGGCCAAACGAGUGAUGGAUGAACGGACAGACGGGAGGUUUGAGAAAUUAAAGGAGUAAAACUUGAAUAUAAAGAAAGACAAGUAGACUUCUUCUGCGACCAGGUUUGUUGGACGAAUCCCCACGUUUCCUUCCUUCCUUCUUUCCUUCCUUCCUUCCCUCCUUGCCUCCUAAGCAGUUCCAGGAGACUUUAUGCAGACCGGUCUUGGUUCAGUUUUCCUCUGCAGGCUUCACUUUGGUUCAGCUGUAUCUCAGUGUUGAUGGUUCUCUUUGUGCCCCAACUUCGUCCCUAAAUUCACUUCUUAUUCGAGAUGUUUUUAGACUUGAUCGUACUGACCCUCGUGGAGCUCUGAAGGACAGCUCGGUUGUAGUUCCUUGUAAAAUCAGGUGAUGUUCCUGCUUCUCAGCAGGAGUUCAUAUCACGGAAACUAACUUGACUGAAUGAAAUCAGAAAAUUGCUGAAGUGAUUAAAGCAUCUCUUUAGAUUUUGCAUAUUUCUGUUCUAGAAGGAACUUUAACCGUCCAGUUUUACAGAGUGCAGGUGGUUUUAGGGUUAGGGGCGAUCACACAUUACACCAUAGGAGCAGAAUCAGUCUGUCAACCAGAACAUCUGGAUACCACAGGUUUGGAUCAGUCUGAGAGUUCUGGACCAACAAUAACAAACUGUGGAGCUCUUGUCUUUGGAGAUUCAGGUCAUGGUAGAGCUCCAGUAGGACUGGACUGGACUUUUCUAGUUCUAGAAAUACUAAUGAGAAAAGUCCAGUUGCCUUCUGAGACGUUUCACAAAGGUUUAAAACAUCUUCAACCAAAACCACAAGAGAUGUUGCCUUCUUCUGAAGCUCCCAGGAACAUCUAAUGCUAUGAAAUCUCAGGAACUUUUUGUUUUAAUCCUGGAUUCUUGAGUUUCUUCCCAACAAAGAACCUCCAAACCCCAAAGCUGUAUGUUUUCCAGAUUGGUGACUCGUGUUCCAGACUGAACUCACUGGUCUGAACCUGGUCUCAGCUGGUCAGGAUUUGGGAAGAAGCACUGCACAAAGAGAAGCAACAACCUGCUGUUUGAAUGUGACAAUGCAGAAGGGAAAGUUCACAAUCUGCUGCAGUUGUGUCAAUCACAAGAUGCGUCUGUCUGUCUGUUUGCACAGAAGAUCCUCUUCAAUCAGCUCCCAGAACAUGUAUUUUUGUUGUACUCUGACAUUAUCAAUCAUUAAGCUAAAUGACAAACA